AUGGAGUUUGUUAAAGAUGAUAGUGAAGACAUGAGUGAUGCAGAAGCAAGCAGAAUAAAAGAAGAAGAUGGAGAGGAACAAAGAGACCUGGUGGAAGGUAAAGAGGAAAGUGAAGAACAGAAUGAAGUGGAGGAAAAAAAAAAAAUCAUAAUUGGAGAAAAAUCUUUGAAUUGCUCCCAAUCUGAAAAUGAUCUUUCACCAGAAAGAACAGAACUGAAAAACUGCUUCACCUGCCCAGAAUGUGGAAAGAGUUUCACAUGCAAACGAGACCUUAGGAGGCACAUAAGGAUUCAUACUGGAGAGAAGCCGUUCACAUGCUCUCAGUGCGAAAAGUGUUUCGCAAAUUCAGGAGACCUUAAGAGGCACUUGCGAAUUCACUCCGGUGAGAGGCCUUUCACCUGCCCUCAGUGCGGAAAGAGUUUCACACAAAAGGAAGGUCUUAAGGAACACACCAAAAUUCACACGGGAGAGAAGCCUUUCGCAUGCAUGUUGUGUGGGAAGAGUUUCACACAUCAAAACAGCUUGAAAAGGCACAUGAAGGUUCAUUCUGGAGAGAAAUUACACCAGUGCUCUGAGUGUGGCAGGAGAUUUUCAGAGGCCUGCAAUCUCAAAACUCACUUGCUGUCUCACACUGGAGAAAGACCAUUUAGCUGUGAGCGCUGUGAUAAGAAGUUUUUUUUGGCCGUUCACUUAAAGACACACAUGAGGAUUCAUGAAGAAGAAAAGCGUUACGUGUGUUCUUUUUGUGGGAAGAGUUUUUUGUGGCUUAACGGGUUUAAAGACCAUCAGAAAACACAUAUUGGUGAGAAACCCUACGUGUGCUUGGACUGUGGAAGUACUUUUAUUAGACCCGGUGAACUGAAAGUGCAUGAACGAAUCCACACUGGAGAAAAACCUUACAAGUGUUCACACUGUGAAAAGAGUUUCACAGUUUCGGGAGCAUUGAAAGUGCAUGAGCGAGUGCACACUGGAGAGAAGCCGUACCUCUGCCCUUCAUGUGGGAAGACUUUCAGCAGAUAUGGAAAUCUAGGGAAACAUUUAAAAAAUGCUUGCCCAAAGUUGAAAAGCUGAGUUCACCCUGAGGAACACGCCUGUUAUGAUUCAUUGAAAAUGCUUUCAUUGUUUCCAUUUACAUUUUCAUCUGGCCAAAAUGUGGCUGUUUUUUUUUUUUUUUUUUUUGCAUUGGCCAAUAAUUUUCCAGUUUGGCCACUAGAAGCAGGACUUUUAUUUCGACAUCGCUGAGAACCCUAGGAUCACCCAUUCUCUGUCUCUAUUAGUGUUCUGUCUUUGUUUAACAGUCGUCUAAUAAUAAUAAUUUCUAGCACGGUGGCACACAUAGCCAGCCGUGAGCUAUAACUUUCCUAAUGUGAUCAUCAGAAGACGGCCUUUGCAAUUCUAAUGUUUUAUCCA